UGUUCAUUCAGUCAUUCAGAUAGCUACAUGCUACAUUGGAGGCCAAGAACCAAGUUAGUAAGCAGUAACAACUAACAACCAUGGAUCAUAGCAUCAUGAUGGUGAAGAAUGAGAUUGAAAACUACUCAGGAUCAUCUCCAGCAAUGAUCAUCAAUGCGCUGGAAGGCGGCGCCGAGGCGGGCCCGGUUGUCAGGAGGAGAAGGAGGGAGCCGUCUUUGCUCGCACCGAUCAAUGGUGAUGGUGACACCAAUGGUGGUGGCAUUGGCAAGUCGUCCUUGUCAGGCAUCACUGUCAAGAGGAGCUCUAGGUUUCGUGGAGUUAGCAGAUUCAGAGCUUGUAGAGAUGACAAGAAGAUGUUGUCAUGUAGGCAUCGGUGGACAGGUCGUUUCGAAGCACAUUUGUGGGACAAGAACUCGUGGAAUCCUACACAGAGGAAGAAGGGCAAGCAGGUCUAUCUUGGAGCAUAUGAUGAGGAGGAGGCAGCAGCAAGGGCUUAUGACCUUGCUGCUCUCAAGUACUGGGGACCAACUACCUAUACAAAUUUUCCGGUAAUGGACUAUGAAAAGGAGUUGAAGAUAAUGGAGAAUCUUACUAAGGAAGAGUAUCUUGCAUCUCUAAGGAGGAAGAGCAGUGGCUUCUCAAGAGGUGUGUCCAAGUACAGAGGGGUUGCGAGGCAUCAUCAAAAUGGAAGAUGGGAAGCAAGAAUUGGGCGUGUUUUCGGAAACAAGUACCUCUACCUAGGAACCUACAGCACUCAAGAAGAGGCUGCCCGUGCCUACGACAUCGCCGCGAUCGAGUACAAAGGCGUAAACGCCGUCACGAACUUCGACCUCAGAUCAUACAUCACAUGGCUGAAGCCAACCCCUGCUCAUGUUGCCAUGAACCCUGCAGAAGCUCUUGCAAUGCAGAUCCCUGUAGAUCACUUCCUCCCAAUGGAAACCCAGAUGAUGAUGCUCCCUCAGAGCAAUCCUUUCACCUCAUAUCACAAUGCACAAUCACUGGGUGGUGGUGACGGUGGCAGUAGCAGUACUAAUAAUCAAGAAGCCUCCAUGAUAAUCUCUCCCAGUGGCUCAUCUAGAAAGAGAUCAUCAUCCACUGCUCUUAGCCUUCUUCUGAAAUCGUCGAUGUUCAGGCAGCUGGUUGAGAAGAAUUCAGAUGCAGGUGAAGAAAAUGGAGGUGAGAUGAGAGAGCCGGGUGCCCAUCCAGGAGAAGGAUAUGAAUACCACAACUUCUUCCAGGGAGAUGCUGCUCCGGACAUGGACAUGUGUGAUCUGCUUUCAUCAGGAAAUGUGCAUGCUGCAAGUGGUAGUGCUGGAUUUGAAGAGGACAUCGCAUGUUAUAGUGGUUUUGGAAGCAUGCAGUCGCUGCAGCAAUAGCAUGUUGGUGGCUCAGGAUUUGUAUCUUGUGUAAAUUGCUAACACUUUGUGUUCAGCUACAAAUCAACCUUCCCUUUUUCACUGAUUACUUUUCCAUUUGACAUGUUUACAGACUUGUGCCGAACAACAAAGCAGAAAGCUUAUUUUGCUCA